AUGACAUACAAGUUUGUUCUGUGCUUUGGCAAGAUCACAUUUGGAAAACGAUUGUUGACAUCGUUUGUUUACCCAAAUCGGCAAGGAAUCUGGCUUCAGCGCAGCCCUGAAAACAACCUUCUGGCUCUGCUGGCUGUCAGUCAUCUGGUCUACGAUGAGGCACGACGGGUACUAUACAGCCUCAAUUCUUUCAUCUUCCGAGUGCCAGAAAAGAUCCUCGUAUUCCUGAUCGAUAUUGGACGGGAUAAUGCGGCGCUUCUGCAAUUGGUACAAUGGAUGAAUGGACCACAGCAUUCCGAGAAUCAAAUUGGUUUCAUUAAACGAUAUCUGACGUGGACAGAAGAAGAGCAUAUCUGGAAUGAUGAGGGAUCAUAUCUGAAUUUUCUAGCAACGCUGAACAAACCUCCUCGUGAUGUUAUUGCGACACAAGAUCAUCGUCUGGUGCGGUUGGACACAGACUGUACGUCAUUGUGUGGCUGUCGAGUGCGCUAUCGCAUGGGUGCGAUCUUUGGAGACAAUGACGGAGAAGUCAGCAACGAGCUAGAUACAUAG